AUGCGCGCGCGACUCCCUACCACCAACAAAAACGCGGAGGAGGACGGAAACAUCGACGUCGAAAGGAAUUUCAAUAUAAACGGAAACGAUGAUGAAUUCGAUAGCAGCGGCGCGAUGAAGAAAAAGAAAAGUGUCUCCUCCUCCUCCCUGCCGUCGAUGAUGAUGGUGCCGAAAAAUCCUUGGCUGUUACUCGUUUUAGGUAUCCUUUUCGGCGCGUUUCUCCCUACUUUUAUGAAACAUAAAUCGGUGCGCAUCGUGCACAAGCACGUGAAAGGCGCGUAUAAAGCACACAGUGAGGCUUCGAAGGAGUACUUGAAGAGAUAUCGAGAAACAUAUUUAGAGGAAGUGAAAGCGAAUGUGAAUAACGCUGAAACCGUGAUGAUUUUGGAAAGCACGGUGAAAGAAGAAGAGAAGAAAGUGGAAGAGGAGUUGGUGAAAGAGGAAGUAGGAGCUGUAACUAGAGAAGAAGGAGGAGAUAUUGCAUUCAAAACGCUCGAGAACGGCAAGCAUGUGAAGAAAGUGGAAGAGGAGUUGGUGAAAGAGGAAGUAGGAGCUGUAACUAGAGAAGAAGGAGGAGAUAUUGCAUUCAAAACGCUCGAGAACGGCAAGCAUGACAUAGCUUCCGGUAGAUACUUAACCUCGCUGCUCGUUGACAAAGUGGUCAACGAAGGGAUUUUCCGCUCUUUUGUUUUUACGAGGUGGAGAACCCCAGCGGUGUAUGCCAAAAAAGGAAAAAAAGGGGGAAAAGGGGGGGAAAUGCCAAAAAUGGAAAAAAAACUACCUCCCCUCAGUUACGACGAGCUUGCUAAUAUGCCAAAAGUUGACCGGUUUAGUGCGAUGCGAGCAGGCCUCUCAAGGCUGGCAGAGUUCGAUUUCCGCCACGAGUAUCCACCGAUCUACCACAAGUUUGAUGUCGUCGUAUUUUGGUCGCACUGGGUCAGUGCAAACGCGUUGCAGUAUUCAACUUGGCAAAAUGGUGAUAUCUGUUCUUGUUUCAUAGAAAUUCCAGAGGAAGCGGUACCAGAUAUCUUGGACGACGCGAUAAGAGGCAUGAAAAACUCGUCGCCUUCAAAAACUUGUUUUAGAACCCUCGUCUUCGGCGGAGGAGACACGCAUAUUAGUAACCCAAGGAUUCUGAACUUAGUAAAAAGUUUUCACGACUCUCAGUACUUCGAUCAGAUUUAUUACGAAGCCAUGGACGUCGGAAUAGAAUACAUAAAGCCGUUGCCUACUGGGCUAGCGGACUUUUAUGUGCUUGGCAUUCCCCAAGGGAAGUUUGAAAGUGCCUUAAAAAAAAUAAAUUUGGGAACAAAGCAAGGUGUGCUUGCUGCCUGGGGAACUGUAUGGCCUCAUCUUGACCGUGAACUUCCCUGGCGGAGAAGCCUAAUUGACUGGGUCAACAGCACUGAAUGGAUUCAGAGAUCGCAUAUACCUAUGCAAAAUUGGCAUGAAGAGCUAGCAAAAUAUCGUUUCUACAUAGUCCCCGAUGGAAAUGGAGUCUGCUCCUCAAAGUGGACUGAAUCGCUAAUUUUACAGACCAUUCCUAUUGUUCCACCACUGGAAUAUUACAAGCUGCUAAAGGAAGAAGGGUAUCCGAUAGUGGUGGUAGAUUCGUGGGAUGAUAUUACGCCACAAAAUAUGAAUUUGUGGUGGGAUGAGUUAUCAAGCUCGUUGGAAGCCGCAUCGUGGUUACAUACGACUGACUGUUGGUGGACCUAUGUCUCUACUCCACACACAAGCGUCGAAGAAGUUUUGGAACGCUGUCUGCCAAAAUCGAAGUGCAGGUAA